AUGCCUGUGUAUGUCUCGGUCGUCCUGUGUGUCAUCUCGCACAGUAUAAAUACCAGUCUGUAAACAGGAACUGCUGUUAAUCGUUCAACGGUAUUUGAUGUAGAAAGUUUUGUGAUUUCAAAUUUUCAUUAAAGCAAAUUUUUUUUCCGUCGGUGAUAAUAUUGUACGCGAAACGUGUGUUAAAAGUCUUUUAAAGUAACAUUUUCGCAUUAUAACGCACGUGGAAUUUUCGGGUGAAAAUUAUGAUGCGAGUUGUGACGGUUGGAGUUAUUUUGAAAAUUUUAAUUAUGAUUGUUGAUGGAAAUAGACUUGCCAAUACUAAGCUGCAUACCCUACUCCUAGACCAUAAGAAAAUUAAGCUUAGCUGGUUAAUAGACUGGAACAAGCAGGAAGUAAUGUUCAAUGUUGACAACGCAUUUUCGGCCAAAAACAAAUGGUUUUCGUUUGGAUUUUCCAAAAGAGGCGAUAUGGAACAAUCGGACUUAUGCUUAUUUACAAAAGAGAACGACAUUUUCGAUGUAGCUGUUGACGCUUACGUUGGUGAUGAUGGAAACAUAUACAAAGAUGUGCAACAAGAUUGUCACGUGUUACGUAUGGACGACAAAUCAGUUGCCUUUAAACGGAAGUUCAGCACUUGCGAUCCACAGGAUUUUGAUUUUCAUGAAGGAACCAUGUAUGUGUUGUGGUCGCAAACAAAUGAUACUGUCAACUUCUCUCAAAACUCAGAAGCCACGCCACAAACUAGCAUCAUGAAGGAAAACUUCUCCACACAGCAUAGAAAAUCAUCAAGUCUUAACACUAGUGGAAUGGUUAUGGGGCAACUGUUACGGGCAGAUAAAUUGGAAAUACCGGAGAAGAACGUCGAAGAAGUGACCAUUACGUUAAAUAAAAUAAAAGUUCCAGCCAAGGACACGACGUACUGGUGCCGAAUUCAAAAAUUGGACGAUUUUGUCAAACGAAAGCAUCACAUCGUUCAGUUCGAACCAAUCAUAACCAGUCCAUCGAUUGUUCAUCAUAUGGAAGUAUUCCAUUGCGAGACGGAUGUCGACGUUGAUAUACCACUGUAUGAGGGCAAUUGUGACGAUUUACCAACUGAAGCGAAAGUUUGUUCUCGGGUGAUUUCGUUGUGGGCUAUGGGAGCCAGUACGUUCACAUAUCCGAGACAAGCCGGCUUACCGAUUGGAGGACCAAGCUAUAAUCCAUACAUUCGAUUGGAGGUUCAUUUUAACAAUCCGGAUAUUUUGGACGGGAUUGUUGAUAGCUCCGGAAUGAAAAUUAAAAUAAUCUCGGAAUUGAGAGAAUUCGAUGCUGCUAUAAUGGAACUUGGUCUUGAAUACACUGAUAAAAUGGCGAUUCCACAAGGACUAACCGCUUUUCCAUUAAGUGGCUACUGUAUCUCGGAUUGCACCAAAGCUGCACUACCAUCGGAUGGCAUUACAAUAUUUGGUUCGCAGUUACACACUCAUCUGCGUGGCGUCCGCAUUCUAACUAGACAUUUUCGAGGAGCUACAGAACUGCUACCGGUCAACCGCGAUGAUUAUUAUUCUCACCAUUUCCAAGAAAUACGCACGUUACGCUACAAGCCGAAUGUCCUACCGGGAGAUGCAUUGGUAACAACUUGUUAUUAUACCACUGAGGGAUACAAUCAGACAGUGCUCGGUGGUUUUGCCAUUAGUGAUGAAAUGUGCGUCAAUUACAUUCAGUAUUACCCAGCUACCAAAUUGGAAGUGUGCAAGAGUUCGGUAUCCGAAAAGACCCUGGAAGAUUACUUCAACUACAUGCACAAUAAGGAGCACCAAAAAAGCAUUCAAAUCGAUGGUGCAAGAUCGGACAAUUAUCGCUCAAUUGAAUGGACAAAAAGUCGCGUCGACGAACUGUGGACCAUGUACACACAGGAACCGUUGAGCAUGCAAUGUAAUCGUUCGGACGGCUUCCGUUUCGAUGGCUUUGAAUGGGAAGGCAGCAAUGUAACUCCCGUAACAUUGCAGAUACCAGUGCAAAGUGGAAAAUGUGAAAAUUAUAAUCCGUUCGGUGUAAUACCCCUCGAGCAGGGAAAGUGUGGAUUUUUGGGCGAAUGUAUUUAUUGAAGGAAAAUGUGUUUUUUUAUGUUUACAUCUUGAUCUUGUUCUCCUUGCUCUGCCGCUGAUGUACUAAUAUCAAAGUAUCAAAAUCGUCUGAAAGACCCAGAGAACAAUCAGAUGUUUGAGAAUCGUCCGGCAAUGCUUAGACCAUUCAAUCAGAAACGAAUGUUUCAUCUUUU